CUCACUCACUCACUCACUCACUCACUCACUCACUCACUCUCUCUGUGUGUGUGUGUGAACGAACGCAACAGUUUACAAAUAAACCUUCUCAAAUCGCCCGCCUUCUGCGCCCUACUUUCUCAUUGGUCGCUGGCGCAGUUGCCACGGCGAUACUGUAGCAACGCCUAUCAGCACUACUCCGUUUUGUCCAAUUACUGCAGCCGCGUUGGCGUGUGUGAGCGCUGAUUGGCUGACGAGCGCUCGUCGUGCGGCGCUGUUGUCGGUCAGGCGCGCGAUGUAAAGGCGCUCAGCUCGGCGCGUUUGUUUGUGAUUGUUUUGGCGGAUCUGAGUAAACAACAACAGCCUACGGUCGCUCAUCCGCGGACUGCGACGCACAGAGACACGGUGCUUCGGAUGAUGGUUCUGGACGGACUCGGCUGCGGGAAGAGUCUCGGCGCGGCGGCGGCGCGGGGGAAUGUGGAGGCGCUGCGGCGGAUGCUGCAGGAUCACCGGGUCGAUCCGGACGCGCUCAAUGAGUUCGGGAAGACCGCGCUGCAGGUGAUGAUGAUGGGCUGCACAAGUGUGGCGUGUGUGCUGCUGGACCACGGCGCUGACCCGAGCAUCCAGGACCGCUGCGGCGUGACCCCUGCGCAUGACGAGGCCCGCACCGGGUUCCUGGACACGCUGAGGGUUCUGGUGGACCACGGCGCCUCGGUCAACGUCCCCGACCACAGCGGAGCCCUGCCCCUCCACAUCGCCAUCCGCGAGGGCCACGGGGACGUGGUGGAGUACCUGGCCCCGCUCUCGGACCUGGGGCACCGGGACAGCCGCGGGGCCGACGCUCUGGAUGUGGCACGGGACGCUCGCGCUCCGGAGAUGCUGGAGCUUUUGGAGCGCUUGAUAGCAACCAGCUCCAGCUGAAGAACUGUGCGGCUCUAUUCCCCUCGGCGCUCAUCAGCGGGUUGUAUUUAUAUGAAUAAGUUGGAUGUUUCGAUAGUUUGUUGUUGAGCUCACAAUAUUAGCUGGAAUAUGUAGCACCGGAUCCGGCACACGUGUACAUCACUCUUUCUUCGGUAUUUUACAAAACAUUUCUGUGCAGAAACUUGAACUGUUAACAGUUUUAUUCUUGUGAAAUUAUUUCACUGAUGAAUUCUCGCUUUUUAUUUUGCGGUUUAACGUCUGUAAAUAACAUUUUAUGAGUUUAUUUGACUUAUUUAUUGAAGAUUUGUAUAUUAACGUGUAUGUUUACAGUGGUGUUUCAGAUGUUAUUUAUGAAGGUGUUUAAUAAACUGAAAUCAGUUGGUCUGAAUUAGCCGUGUGGUAGAUGCGGAGAUGAUCAUGUCUUUCAGCAGAUGGAUCCCUUAUCGAACACAUGGACCGAUCAGCACACACGACUCUAGGCAGGCGCUCGGUCAUGCCACGCAUCUCUUAUUUCAGGACCACACAUCUUUCACGUGAUGUGGCUCAACUCCUCAAGUUACACCACAUUACUGAACAAACAUUGGUAUAUUAUCACGAACUUCAAGCCUACAGUCAAAUCUGACACUGAAUUCCUGUGUAACUAUAUUCCUCCAGAAGAUGAGCUCGAGCUGACCCGAACAGGAAUGUGUGCGACUGUACAAGGCAAACAUUGUGCUGUCACAGAGCUUGCUUUGAACAGAAACGCUGCUUUUCUGGGUGUUUUACAACUCCGAGAGACGCAGACACAAUGGAGGGUUUGUUUGCUCGGGGCUCUCAGGAUCCCUCUUCUGUCCAGCAGCACAGCGCUCACUGUAUCUGCUGCGUGAAGUUCGUCAUCUUCACGAGUGAUUCUCUGUAAUGUGGCGAUAUGGACUAAUCUAACCGCUGUUAUAUACAGGAUAAGUGUGUUUGAGAUCGCUGGACAAAGUCCAAAUACACCGCGAGUAAAUCAUCCUCAGAGUUUACACCCGACCAUAUAAUCUCAACACAAAUACAUCAAAUAUUCAUAAAGUUUGAUCCUUUGUUAGGAACAUAUUGCACAUUCAUGUUCCCAUAUAAAUGAACAUAUAUAUA